CUAGUACUUAUAGGUAAUGCUCAUGACGCCGUUGGAGGUCAGGUGGUGAUUACACUACAUCACGUAGUAUAUAUAAUGGUCGCCUUCAAGUUCCCAUAGCACUUCCUCUUCAAAGCAUUCUCUAGUACCCUACCGCCUUCACUCAACAUCAUAUUAUGCCUGGAAGUACUCUUCCUCCUUUCCCCAACGAUGUUCGAACACAUCCACUCUUGAUUAUUGAUUAUGAGCUCAUCAAGGCUGGAGAUGCGGAGGAAGUAAAUCGACUGUGGGAGGCCGCGACGACUAUCGGAUUCUGGUAUUUAAAGAAUCAUGGCGCAGACCAAGAAGUCAGCGAGAUGUUUGAUAUGGGAGCUGAGACAAUGGCUUUGCCCUUGGAAGAACGUAUGAAGUUCGAGCAAGGAGACGAUGGUCGAUCUUUCGGAUACAAGAAAGCAGGGGCUAAUGCGAUUGAUGCAGCUGGCACCUUGGACUCUGUCGAAUUCUUAAACGUUUCGAAGGAUGAUGCUCUGGCAUACCCGCAGGUCAUUCACCGCACCUACCCAUCGACCGUAAAUGCUCGUAUGGAAAACACGGUUGUACCCUUUGUCCGCAAAGGUCUCGAAGUGACAUAUGUUGUAUUGAAUAUAUUCAACGACAAGCUUGGACUGCCGAAAGGGACUUUGGAGAGUCUGCAUGACUUGGAGGAGUAUAGUGGUAGUGAGGCUAGAUGUAUUCGUAACCCUCCUGUGCAGAUCAAAGAAGCGGCGAAAAUCCCUGCUCUAGGUGCGCAUACUGAUUUCGGCAGCCUGAGCUUCUUGCACAAUCGCCUCGGUGGACUCCAAGUACUUCCCCCCGGUCAUGACGAGUGGUCCUACAUUCGACCCAUUCCUGGACAUGCUGUCUGCAAUAUUGGAGAUGCGUUAUCUCUUUUCAGUGGAGGCGUCCUGCAAUCCAACAUUCACCGUGUCGUUCCACCUCCUGGUGUACAGGCUGAAUACGAGCGGUGGUCCUUGGUUUUUUUCACCCGCCCGGGCAACUCGAAAGUCCUGCGGGCUCUUGUCGAAUCCAGCCAUAUUAUUGCAGAAGCGGUGAAGAAGCGACCUGACAAAAAUUUCGAGACUGGUUCUACUGCUGCAGAGUGGUUCGCGAGAAGAAUCAAGAAUCAGAGAAUCAAGAACAGAUUGGGACCAGAAACGUGGGCUACAAGCCGAGGGACAGAGCAUACUCCGACAGUGGUUUAGGCUACGAAUUAUCUUUCCCGGUCAAUAGCCAAUUCGAACCAAGGUUAUCGCCUGCGACCGUGCCUAAACUUCAGGCAUAGGAUUGUGGAAGAAAGGUGCUUGUAUUGAGGCCUUGAAGUUUGAUGUAUUGUAUGUUGUAGCAUCGUGAAAUUACUUUAGUAGAGACCGACACAUCAAGAACAAGGACAAAUCUAGACCGAGUACAGCUAUACUCUAACAACAAAUAGAAAACAAGACAUACCCAUCCC